GUUCACAACCUCUCCAACAACUGAGAAACCCUCAGAUUCUGUAGAGGAAGAAUCACUAGAGUCACAAGAUGAAGGCUGUGUUCCUGACUCUUCUCCUUGGUCUGGUUUGUGCUGCCCAGGAAGCUCCAGCUCAGCCAGAAUCCUCAGAGAUUACAGCAAAGUGGUACACCAUUUACAUGGCCGCGGAUCACAAGGAGAAGAUUGAGGAAGGAGGCCCCCUGCGGACAUACUUCCGCCAAUUAGAAUGCAUUGACAGCUGUGAAAAAAUGUCCAUUACUUUUAUUCUCACGAAUUACGAUAGUUGCACCUUAAUCACAGUAGUGGCACAGAGAGCAGAAGAAAAUGUGUACCACGUAGAUUACAUGGGUAAAAAUUCUGUGCAACUGAUCCCUGCAUCAGAAAGCAUGUUGGUAUUCUAUGCUGAAAACUUUGAUGGCGAGAAGACCACAAAAGUGACUUAUGCCCUCGGCAAAGGAGACAGUUUGAGUCAAGAAGAUAUUCAGAAGUAUGAGGAAAUAAACAAUGAAAGGGGUAUUCCAAAUGAAAAUACAGAAGAUGGCUCCAACACAGACAACUGUCCUAAAUAAGAACUGAGAACAUCUGUUGG